AUGGGAGGGGUCUCCCCACCAGCGCCUGGUGAAGAGUCGAAUAAAGGGGAGGAGGAGGGAGAAGAGACUGAUGAGAUGGUCUAUCGUCCUACUAGGGAUACUCUAUUUGGAUUCCAGGUUGAAGGGAUCCAAUGGUUACUCCAUAACUGGUCCCAGUACCGUGGGUCAAUAUUGGCUGAUGAGAUGGGGAUGGGAAAGACUGUACAGACGGCUGUCUUCCUCAGUGCUGUGAUGGCGACGGUUGGAGGUACUGGUCCUUGUCUUAUAGUAGCGCCGUUGUCAACUUUACGGCAUUGGCAACGAGAAUUACGGAAGUGGGCGCCCGAACUGAAUGUAGUAGUAAUGGCUGGCAGUAGUGAGGAUAGGGACAUCAUUGCUGAUUUCGAUAUGAGCUGGAUCAACAUUAACAACGGACAUCGGGAGAAGGAGCCUCUGAAGCACAGAGCAGAUCCUCAAUUUUGCCCGAAGUUCGACGUUGUCGUUACAUCGUACGAGAUCUUCUUGACGUGCUCGAACAGAUCGAACAUAACGUCAUUGACCAACUACAACUGGCGGGUUUUGGUACUGGACGAAGGACAUCGUGUGAAAAAUCAUCUGUCACACAGUACCAAGGCUCUAGCACACAUAGCUAAUGUACAGCAUACUGUUAUUCUUACUGGUACUCCUAUACAGAACAAUCUACGGGAGCUUUGGUCGAUACUCCAUCUCGUUGAUAAGAAGCGAUUCGCGACGUUUGAGGGGGUAGUGGCUGAGUUGCAGAAGGACACUCCUGAUGAAGGGCAGUCGGGUAGCGCUACUUCAAACCAUGGAGAUGGCUCAUCGGAGGGAAAGAAGAGCGAGAUUGAUUCGGUGGCUAACUUAGAUCUGGAUAAAGUUACUGAAGUCCUGCGACCAUACAUGCUAAGACGGUACAAGUCGGAUGCGAUGAAGAAGGUCCCUCCUAAGCUGGAGCAUAUCAUAGAGGUGGAGUUUACUACACUACAAAGGAGGGUCUAUAAGUCGGUGUAUGAAGGGAAGAUAUAUAGUUUGGUGAAUGGUAAGGGUGGGAAGUCAUCCCUCAACAACAUCGCUAUGGAGUUGCGCAAGUGUUGUGCUCAUCCGUACCUUAUAUCUGGGGUAGAGGACUCUCAUUUGGAAGCACUAGGAGUGAAGCCUGAUAGCGCAGUCGCGAUGCAGAAUUUGACAGAAAUGUCGGGGAAACUCGUAUUCUUGGAGAAGUUGAUCCCGCAGUUGCGAGAAAAGAAGGAGAAGUUGCUUAUAUUCUCACAGUUCAAGAUAGUCCUGGACAUCAUCGAGGAUUGGUUGACGUGGAAGAAGUUGCCCGUUGAACGACUGGACGGGUCAGUGUCGGGCGGGAAGAGGCAGGCCGCUAUCGAUCGAUUUAAUGACAAGAAACAUGAUUCCUUUGCGUUCCUAUUGACCACACGAGCCGGCGGUGUUGGUAUCAAUCUCACUAGUGCUAGUGUUGUGGUUAUCUACGACAGUGAUUGGAAUCCUCAGAAUGACAACCAAGCACAAGCGCGAUGCCAUAGAAUAGGGCAGACUAAAACAGUGAGAGUGUAUCGGCUAUUGACUCGCAACUCCUACGAGGAGAAACUGUUUGAGAUUGCCUCGAAAAAGCUUGGCUUAGAGCAGGCUAUUAUGUCUUCUGUUACGGCCAAUUCGGAACUGAAUCUGUCGAAGCAGGAGUUGGAGCAUCUUAUAAAAGAAGGGGCGUAUGCGGCGUUCGAGGAGCAUUCAGGCAGGGAAGAGGAGUUCAGGAGUGCCUCAUUGGAUGAUAUUAUGUCGAGUGAUCGCAUCAAAACUGUGACGUACGGCACCAUAGUUUCUGGAGGGCAUCGAUCGAGAUUCUCCAAAGCAUAUUUCAGCGCUAAUCCGGAGACUCCCGAGGAAACAGUGUCAACACCAGACUCGGUAGAGAGUGGUGAAGAUGGACCCGUGCCUGAUGAAGACGAGAAGCUGAGUGACAUUAAUUUCUGGCGGAAAUUAGUCCACGAUGAGUCCCUGCUCACAACAGAUCCGGAUGCUAAGGAGGACAAGUCGGAGCUAUCUGUGAAUGAAUUGGGCACGAGGAAAACAAGAUAUGCAGGCAACUUCUUACGGUUUAGGACUGCGAGAUCAGAUAAGGAGGAUAGAGUUGAUCAAGAAUACCGACCUCAGGAGUCUGUCUCGGAGAAUGGGGAUAGUGAUGUUGAUGGAGAGGAUCUAGUGGAGGAAGAUGAAUUCAUUGAGAAGGCAGAGAAGGCGGCAUCAAGGAGGAAGAAGAGAGGCCGAGGGCGAGGGCGAGGGAAGAAGGAGAAUAGCAGCAUCACAGGUCGCAGUGCUGAUGGUGCAUCGUCACUCAAGGGGGGUGGUCGUGGUACCCACAAACGAGCACGGGUUGACAGGGUAUCAGAUAACCCUGCUCUACAGCGAGCAGCAAUAGCAGCCCAGAAGGUCAGAGCCUCAGCAGCAGCAUCAGUGCCUCGGCAUUCCUCUAUGCCGGGUGGCUCGGCGCGCUUCCCUCGACAAAGCCAACAACUGCCGACUUUGGGCGUUACUUCUGCUACUUAUCCCUAUGUUCCACCACCACCACGAUAUCCAUACACUGCAGUACAGUAUCGAGGGCUUCCCUUGCCCCCUCAGGGUAUCGUCAAUAGUAUGCCUAAUAGUCGACUGCUCUUCCCUCCCCCUAUGUACCAAGGUGCUCCUAAUUACGGUAUGAUGUAUGGGAUGUACAUGGCCUCGCGAGCGGCAGCGGUAAGCGAGCAGAACUUACAACGGAGCCGAGUAAGAUCAGUGAACUCUGGUGACUUGUUAAACUCGAUUGAUCCCAGUAAAAUAGAGAAGCUUGACUGACUUCAUCUGUAGUAUAAACGUCAAAUACGUUACGUAUUCUAGUACGAUUA